UCUCCAUGGUCCAAUACGUACGAUCCUCCGCUGGACGAUGGGGCGUUGCCGUCCGAUAAGCUACGUAAUCUUGAAAUUGAAAUGAACGCUGCACUUGAAGCCUACAGAGAUGCAUAUUUUGAAGGUGGUGUAUCUUCAGUUUAUUUUUGGGAUCUGGAUUAUGGCUUUGCUGGCGUUGUCCUUAUCAAAAAAAUUGGUGACGGCCUGCGUAAUAUCGAGGGCUGCUGGGACUCCAUACAUGUUAUUGAAAUACAGGAAAAAUACCAAUGUGAGGAGGGCUUUUUCUGGACCAUGCUGCACUGGAGCGCGAAGAAAGUGUGUGAAGCGUAA